CGUGAUGCGGUAGCUGCUCGCUGCCGCUGCUGCAGGAGGAAGGACCAGACCGCUACCAGCACCACCUUUCAGUUUCGCCUUCAAAUUACACCGACCGGCUCCGUCACAGACGCAACACCGACUGAAUUAUUGCCCCAAGGCGUCCCUUAUCACGACCCUGGGGUUUGGCCGCGUCUAAACUGAAGAAGCACCGUUUUAAUCGCGUGUAAGAGGGGUUUUGUGUGUUUUUGACAGCAGUAACAGCACAACAAUGGCUCUGAAAAGAAUCCACAAGGAGCUGCAUGAUUUGGGCCGUGACCCACCUGCUCAGUGUUCAGCGGGUCCAGUAGGGGAUGACAUGUUCCACUGGCAGGCCACAAUAAUGGGACCAAAUGACAGUCCUUACCAGGGUGGAGUGUUCUUCUUGACCAUACACUUUCCCACAGAUUACCCUUUCAAACCGCCAAAGGUUGCAUUUACCACAAGAAUCUAUCACCCAAAUAUCAACAGCAAUGGCAGCAUCUGUCUGGAUAUUCUGAGGUCACAGUGGUCACCGGCACUUACCAUCUCCAAAGUUCUUCUGUCCAUCUGUUCCCUGCUGUGCGACCCCAAUCCGGACGACCCCUUAGUACCUGAGAUCGCCCGCAUUUACAAGACUGACAGGGAAAAGUACAACAGAAUAGCUCGGGAAUGGACACAAAAGUAUGCAAUGUAGUUUUGGAGUUAGAAUCAUGGUGGGAGAAAAUUACACCUCAAUCUUAAGGUUAGGGGAGAUUUGAAAAGUUCAAAAGAUGAGAAAAAAAAAAGAGAAAAAAAAAAACAGAUUUGUUGGUUUCCAUUGGAGUGCUUUCUUUAAGCCACACCUCCCCUCACCAGAGCACCUCCCCCCCGCUCUUAUCCCCCCUGGCAGCCAUGGUGUACAUACUCGGACUACAACUGUAGCCCCUCCCAAACUCCACAUCUCCUGCUUCACCACCUCUGUUGCUGUGGUGACGCACCCGUUGCUUAGGAUCAGUCCGUAUCAAUUUUGCUGUUGAAAAUGUUUAUGGCUCUAAAAGCAUUCCUUGUUGUUUUUAAGAACUGGGAAGGGAGGGCUAUAUUAUCAUUAUUAUUUCCUUUCCCUGUGUUUUGUGAUAGUCUGAAGAUAGAGGUUUAUGUACUUUACAGUUUAAUUUUUCAUUUCCAUUUCCUCACAACUGUACGUUGCAUCAGGAAAUUAUUAUUAUUUUUUUUUUAAGAGAAGGGAGGGGUUUGCUGGCUAUCUUUUUGUAUAAAUCUAUAAGGAAUUCUUUUAAAAUCAUAGCAGGUAAUUCAAGGAAAAUGGACCUCCUGUCCUCUCUGGAGUAUUCUAAUGGACUUGAAAACUAUGAAUAUAUAUAUUGUUUCCAUUUGCCAUUGCAAAGACUGUCUCUACCCCUUUCCUUAGCCAUGACCAACUUCACAAACGUUCACCAUGAUGGAAGAAUUCGAAACAGUUAUUUAAAGCAGUCUCUAUAACAUGCAUCUUAUUUGUUUUGUUUUUUUCCCCUCUCCCCCAACCCACCCUUGUAACUCUUAGGUUGAAUUUUUUUUCUGCUCUUGUUGAAUUAGAUGCUAACAUUGUUCAGCCAGACUCGAUUGGGUCCCUGGGUGAGAGUCUCCUCACAGACAAACUUCUGUAUAUUUAAUUUUCUGACAAGCUCGUUGAGCUUUGUGUGUUGAUUAAAACUGUGUAAUAAAAUGAUUACUAAAGUCUGAAA